AUGAAUGGAAAUGCGUUUGACAGUAUCGCCUUCAACGCCAACAAAUACGAAAUCGACAUUAAAAACUACUUCGUAACGCGCCAAGAGGACGACAGUACUCAGAGCGACACUUCGGACUCACAAACGGACCAGUACUUGGCCUGUAAAGGAGUUAAACUGCCAACUGCGGAACCACACAUUUGCACCUGGGAUUAUUUAACAAAACCUGAAGUGAUCCACUUGAUGGGCAUUAAGAGUAAACGACUCAAGAGGAAUUUCAUUGAGGGAAAAUUGCACAAAAAGCCCAAGGGACUUCCCCGGAUCAUAUUCAGGGAGUUGAUGUACUCUGUGACUAAAUUCUGCACGUCUGCCAGUUACACCGUGGAACAAACUGGGGCCUUGUUGUCACAGUUCUACCUAACUCAUUUAUUUUUCACCAGUGUUUUGGAUGUUGGUCCUGAAAAAUUGUACGAGUAUUUUAAAGGACUGCAAAUGUGUCAUUCUCUACCAUUCCCACCACAUAGUAUCAAAUUGUUUAAUUUGGAACAAAUUAAGAACAAUAUGGUUUAUUUCUGUAAACUAUAUCUUAGAAACCUGCCCUUGGUCAGGUUCUUGUGUUUGCCCAAUUUUUCCCUAUGUGCCCAACACCGCGUACAACCAGACGUCGCUCCACGUAAAAAAGGGAAGAAAAAAGGGAAAGGCAAAAAGGGUAAAAAAGCAAAAAGAAAUGAUCUAUGAAAUACAUUUAUUGAGCUAU